AUGGAUGACUGCGAAGGCCACAGAGCGCCACCAUUCGCGAAGGUUGGCUAUACAAACGAUUGCGAUCGACGAAUUGGAGAACUUCAGUCUGGAAACCCUCACGAACUGAUAUGUCGAUUUACCUUUUGGGUUUCCAACAGGCAUCGUGCGGAACAAGAGGCCCACGAUGCACUGGACGAACGAGGGCUUCGCGUUUAUUGUGGUGGAGGAACAGAAUGGUUUACAGUCCCCGGUGGAUUAGAUAAUAUAGAUGACUUUGCAGAAAUAGUUAGGGCAGCAAUUGUAGAGUAUAUGCAGGAGGAAGAGGAUCGCGACUUAGCUGAGUCGUCCAUUAAUCUUGCUCCUAAUCAAGCAGCCGCAAAAAUGGCCAAAAAUUACGGACAUAACAACACAAAAUGGCGACAAGCUCUCAAAGGAAAUAUGUUGCAUGUCAAAUAUAAUUGUAAAUGA